AUGAGUACUUGCCCUGUGCAAGCUUACUUGUAUGAUGGCUACUGGGAAGACAUUGGUACAAUUGAGGCUUUCUAUAAUGCAAAUAUGGGAAUCACCAAAAAGUCUGUGCCUGACUUCAGGAUAUUGAAUGCAGUUUAUUCAGUUCAUGGUCAUGGUUUCACCAACAUUCGUUUUCUGGUUGUUGUGUUCCAGACGGAUGCUGAUAAGAGGUUUCUAGCUGCUAAAGGCAGUGUUCCAAUUGGUAUCGGUAGGAACUCUCAUAUCAGAAGGGCAACGAAUUGGGAAAAAUGUGAAGAUUCUUAA